AAUCAAUUGAUACUGAGCAUCGCUCAUCAUCUGGACCCAUUAGGUUUAACCAAUCACUGCAAAGUGAUAGCGAUAAUAAAAAACAACAACAACGUAUUGGCCCAAAGGAAGAUAGACAGUUUAACUUGUUCUUUUUGAUAAUGGAUAUAAACUGUGUAAACAACAAUGAUACAUCUUUUGAUAUGUUUGUGAAUAAUAUUUCAAACUUGACUGCCAAUCAAAUGGAAAAUAUGGAAAGUCCAUUUCAAGUUCCUGUUGGUGUAAUGUCACUUUUGGCUGUUUUGUAUGGAUUAAUUUCCAUUUUAGCCGUUUUUGGAAACUUGCUUGUCAUCAUUGUGAUUUUGAAAAACAAGAACAUGCAGUCAAUUACAAACAUCUUCAUUGCGAACCUUGCCUUAGGUGACGUUCUCAUUGGGAUUUUCUCCAUACCCUUUCAGUUUCAGGCCGCUUUGCUGCAACGGUGGGUGGUGCCAUAUUUUCUAUGUCCUGUUGCUCCUUUCAUUAAAAACCUGACUGUUUGUGUGUCCGUAUUCACACUUACAAUCAUAGCCAUUGACAGAUACAUUGCUGUAAUGCGCCCCCUUAAAGCAGGCAUAAAAAUGAAAGUCGCCACAUUUGUGCUUGUAAGUACUUGGUUAUUUGGCAUCAUCUCUAGUCUUCCAAAUUUGUUUUUCUUCGAAGUUAUUGAUAUUCCUGAUAUCCAAUUCAAAAAUCAAACGAUGCCUUUUUGUGCACAUGCCUACCCAUCCAAAAUGUUUAUGAGUGUUCACGUCUUUUACUUGUCACUUAUGCAGUACUUUCUGCCUCUUUUGGUCAUAAACUUUACAUAUUUUCGCAUUGUGAUUAAAAUAUGGGGAACAAAAGCGCCUGGACAGCAAUUAGAAGGCCAGGAAACCACAAGAAUCAGAAACCGUAAGAAGGUUGUGAAAAUGCUGAUCAUUGUGGUCUGCCUGUUCGUCAUUUGCUGGUUGCCAUUGCACGUUUACCAGGUUCUUUCCCAAAUACAUCCUGCUAUCAACAGCUCUGAAAAUAUCCAUAUCAUAUGGUUCUGUAGCAACUGGCUGGCAAUGAGCAACUCUUGUUACAACCCCUUUGUCUAUGGUCUACUUAAUUCAAAGUUCAAGCGAGAGUAUCGGAAAUUACUGUCUUGCGUGAAGUGUAGCAGAAAAUUGUUUCGGGAUCGAGAUUCGGGAGACUACUCUGAUCUCAGCGCCGGAAGCAUGCAAAGAGCACAGAUGUGCGGAACACAAAUUUCCUCCAUCAAGAACGGAAGCUUCCAACACGAAAAUAAUGAAAGAUUAAUGAGUUUGAAGAAAAUUUCAUCAAGUACCUCUCAAUUCUAACCUUCUUCUCCGACCCUUAAUAAAGAAAACAACUUUCAUUUUAUUUUUAAUUUGCUAUUGUUGCACACCUACCGUGAUCAUUGUAUAACUCUGCGUACCAUGUACUGAACGUAUAUUUGGAUGAUAGAGAUUGUCAGUACGGGUAUAUGUAUGAUGUUACAAAAAGUUAAAAGUCAAGAGAACCAGCGUGUACGAUACCAUGCAACAUUUUUGUGAUGUCAAAGCGAAAAAAGCUCUGUGUCAAUGUUUGAUCAUAAUUCUUCAAUGCAAUCUUAAAUCUAAAAUGUUCUUGCAAAGUUAAGAGAGCUUUCCAAAUUUCAUUAGAUUACAAGGAAAAUACGUCAUUUUGAAAAAAAAUCAUGAAAAUCAAAGCUGAUACCAAAGACUUUGCUGAAAACUAGAUACCAAUAACUAAUAGCUAUAAAUAUUGUCAUCUUAAAAUCAUUAAAUUACAUCCAAACAUGAUACCAUUGCUAUUGGUGAACUUUGUAAAAAAACAAACAAAAAAACCCCAUAAUUUUGAAAUAAAUAUGUUUGACGGUGCUGCCGUUGUGGCGAGCGCAGCAAAAAUAACACAUACCUUGCAUCAUUGUCAACUGAUAUUGACAG